UUGUGGGCCUAGCAGACUAGCAGUAUCCUGAGUGGGGCCCUUAACUGGGUGGUUGUGUGGGCCGAUCGGGCUUUCAGGAGUGUGAUCGACCGAUCGUCACUCACGACUCACUUCCGUUCUCUCCUCUUCGCCUUCCCAUCAUAACAGGCAACUCGACUCAGCUCUCAAACCAAACUGAAACAAAACCCUCCUUCCCUUUUCAUUCUCUUGCAUUUUUUUUUUAUGAAAAAUAAGAAACCAAUAUAUGCUUCAGCUGCUCCUCCGUGGUGGCAACUUGCCGCUGCGGCUGCCACCUUCAACCAUCACUAUUAUACUUCCAGUCUUCCCACUAAUUUUGAAAAAUGACCAUUUCUGAGGGAGAACCAUCAAGCAGUGCUGCACAGACAAUAGGCUUGAUAGUGGCAGUGAAGGAAUUGCAAGGACUUAAAGCUCUGGAUCUAAAUAAAUUAUUGAGGGAUUCUGAAAAUCUUACUAUCCAAUACUGUACCAAAAAUGGAUUAUUGCUUAAGAUUGAUAUGGAAAAGCUUGCAGGAUCACUUCCAUUGCACCUCAUUUCGAUGCUUAUAUCAUUUAAGAGAGAUGAAGCCCUGUUCAGAUACUUGUUAUCUGCCAUUCGUCUCUUGUAUUCCUUGUGUGAUUUAGCCUCCCGAAAUUCUAAACUCGAACAGAUUUUUCUAGAUGAUGUAAAAUUGUUUGACCAGCUGCUUGACUUUGUUUUCUACAUGCUUAUUGUUCUUGGUGGUUGCAAACAGGAAGACCAUGCUUUUUGUCAUAGGCACCUUGUGCAUUCAACUCUUGUGCCAUGUACCUUCUAUCUAUUAACAGGGUUUAUCUCAACUAAAUGGCAAGAUGUUGUCCAUGUACUGCUUGCCCAUCCCAAGAUUGACAUAUUUAUGGAUGCUGCUUUUGGAUCAGUUCGCAUGGUUGUUAGGUGUCUUGAGAUCACACUGCUAGCUUAUUACAACGAUUUUUCAAUGGAAUCAAAUUUGACAGCUGAACAAGUAGUUUAUUAUCUCUGUCAGCAGUGUGAAGCUUCACUUCAGUUUCUUCAAUCCCUGUGUCAACAAAAGUUGUUUAAGGAAUGCCUCCUUAUGAAUCAGGAAAUAUGUGGAGAGGGAAGUGUUCUCUUUCUGGCUCUGUCCAUCUUGAAGUUACAGAUUCAGCCAUCUCUUCCAACUAGGAUUAAGGCAGCUUUAUCAAGGCUAAAAUCUAAAAUACUAUCCAUUCUGCUAGGUUUGUGUGAAGUGGAGAGCAUUUCAUAUCUUGAUGAAGUAGCCAGUUCACCACAAAGUUUGGCUUUGGCUAAAUCUGUUGCAUCUGAGGUUUUAGAUCUGUUGAAGAUUGCUUUUGGAAGAGAUUCUGCACAUCACAAUGUUGAUGGAUGCCAUCCAAUGGGAUUUGUACAGCUCAAUGCAAUGCGUCUAGCUGACAUCUUGUCAGAUGAUUCAAACUUCCGAUCUUACGUGAUGCUUUGUUUUACUAAAGUUCUGACAGCAAUAAUUUCUCUCUCCCAUGGAGAUUUUUUAUCCUGUUGGUGUUCAUCUAAUCUCCUGGAGACAGAGGAGGAUUGCAAUGUUGAAUAUGAUACAUUGGCUGCAGUUGGAUGGGUUUUGGAUUAUACUUCACUAGAUAUAACAAAUGCUACAAAUUUGGAAUUCAUCCAAAUACCAAACAAGAUGCCCAGGGCUUCUUAUGCACAUCAUAAGACAUCAUUACUGAUCAAGUUAUUUGCAAAUCUUCAUUGUUUUGUUCCCAACAUAUGUGAAGAGAUGGAGGAAAAUCAUUUUGUUCUCAAGGUCCUGGAGUGCCUGCAAAUGGAUCUAUCUGACAUUCUUCCUGGGUUUUCUUUUGCUUCUGAUGCUUCUAAAGCUGCCAUUGCUAGCAAGAACCUGCGGUCAUUAUUAAGUCAUGCAGAAUCUUUGAUUCCAAACUACUUAAAUACAGAGGAUUUGCAACUUCUAAGGGUUUUUUCUAGCAAAUUACAAUCACUUUUUAGUUCUACUGGGUUCGAGGGAAAUCAUAUUCAAGAUAGCAAAUUUGAGCUGUCAUUGUCUCAGGAUAAGUUUACUAAACUCAACAUCAAUGAACAUUAUCAGGUGGCUCAGAAUGCAGGGGGAUGCCCAUCACCUUUAACUGGAAAAGAGCCUGCUUGUUUUAAUAAGCGUGGUAACUCAAAGGAAGGAAUGUCUAAGAAUGCUGCAUUUCCAGACAUAGACCAACCUAAUACCAGAGCUGAAGACAUAAAUAAAGGCAGUGACAUAAAUAUGCAAGAUCAAGAAGAUAACGUCAUAUCUGCAUCAGGAACUAGAGAAAUCGAUGUGGAUGCUCUAAACACUGAUACAAGCAGUUCAGAUACUAGUUCUGCAAAAGGAAAGAAUUCUUUUGAGCAUAUGUAUGAUGGCAAGCUUUCAAAAUUAAAUGAGGAUCGUAAAAAGGUUGCAGUUAAAGAAAAUAAAGAGGAUGAAAAGCUUGCCACUGUGCAGAAGAGGAAACGGAAGCGAAAUAUAAUGAAUGAUAAACAGGUGGCAUUGAUUGAGAGUGCUCUCUUGGAUAAGCCUGAUAUGCAUCGAAAUGCAGCUUCACUUCAAUCAUGGGCGGAAAAAUUAUGCUUUCAUGUAGGUGAAAUGCAAAUAAACCCUGAGUUGAACAAUCGAAAAGCUAAAUUAGCUCGAGCAGCUAAGGAUGUUCGAGCGGCACCAGCUGCAAAUGUUGACAAUCCAAUCUUAGACAAGCCAACAAAGCUAGUACUUGGAUCCUUUGACUCACCUGACAGUCCAGGUGAUGCCUUGGAUACAAGAGAUCACAGUCUCGCAAAAAUAGCUUCCAGCGAGAAUUCGGGGCCUUCAGUUGCCGGAUUUGCUAGUACUGGUUCUCUGCAAUUUGUUCCAUGCAAUGCAGGUCAAGUUGUGGUGAUUGUAGAUGCUGCAGGAGAUGAGGUUGGUAAGGGAAAGGUGUUUCAGAUGCAUGGUAAGUGGUAUGAGAAAAGUUUGGAGGAGUCAUCAACCUGUGUUGUGGAUGUUAGUGAGCUUAAGAUUGAUAAAGGGUUGCGAUUACCUUACCCGUCAGUUGCCACUGGUAACACAUUUGCGGAGGCCGAAUUGAAGGUCGGUGUUGUCAGAGUGCAAUGGGAUUUGAACAGAGUUUCCAGCUUAUGGUCGGAAUGAAUUCAUGAUGCUUCUAUGGCUGCAGCUAUUACUUUGCUACCUGCUUCAGUCUGUUAUCAUUCUUCUGGAUAACGAACCAAACAGGGAGUGCCAAUCUAUUAUUAGCUAAACGAUGCUGGAUAUGUUUUUUGCCAACUUUGUUACUAGCAUUUUAUGGUCACCAAAAUGAUGCUUGUGGCAUUUAAUUGUGAAUCAAGGUUACUGUAAUUGACUAUUAAACUGAUUAUAAUUUUUUGUAGUAGGAUUAUUCUUCGUAAUAGUAAAUUGCUAGUUAUGGUA